AUGCGCCCACCAGGUCCCCUCCUGCGCCUGCUCCUCCCUUCCCUCGCCAUCUCCAAACCCACCCCGCGGCGCACCGGCACCAUAACAAAACCGCCCUUCCACAACUUCCAUCUCCCAACCUUCGCGACCGCCUUCUCCCCACCGCCGCCCCAAACUCUAACGGCCGCCCGGAACCUCCCCUUCCCCCCGGAACCUCUCUUCCGCACAAUCUCAGACAUCGACUCGUACGCUCGCUUUCUGCCAUUCCUCACCGCAUCGACAGUGACCGCCCGCGACGGAGAGACCGGACACCCCACCAGCGCAUUCUUGACGGUCGGAUAUGGCCCGUUGAGCGAGACGUUUGUGUCGCGGGUGGAGUGUGACGGGGAGCGGUGGACAGUGGGUGCAAGGAGUGGGCGGCAUGGGACAGGGAAAGGGAGCGGGAGCGGGAGCGGGAGCGGGAACGGGAACGGGAACGGUGGGGAUGGUGGGGAUGGUGGGUUGUUUGAAUAUUUGGAUACGUUGUGGAAGCUCCAGCCACUGAAGCCGAGGGAUAAUGGUCAUGUCAUGAUGGGGGGCGGGAGGGAGGAGACGAAGGUUGUGUUGGAGGUCAGGUUUCAGUUUCGGAGUGCGAUGCAUGCGGCUAUGAUGGGGGCGGUGGAGAGUCAGGUGGCGGGCAUGAUGAUUGAGGCGUUCGAGAAAAGGGUGAGGGAGUUGGAUAUGGCGAAGUAG